AUAAAACCGAAAAAAACACCAAACCCGACCUGACCGUUAUAAACCCCGUCACCGGCGAAUGGCGCCGAUACCAGCAAGGCCUGUCAAUCCUUCCCACAUAUAAAUCGGGUUUUCAAUUUGCCGCUUCAUUUGAAAAAACUUUUACACAGAAACGUCUAACAGCUUCCUGAACACUCUUUCUCCAUAGAAAUGAGUUUGAAUUCGUCUCGCUCUGCGGGAUCGUCUGGCCAACGAUCGAAACGAAGCUUCAAUUCCAACUCUUCGAAUCACUCCGCUAACAGUAACUCUAAGAAGAAGAAGACGACCAACCAGAAAACCCUAGGCGCAUCUUGGGGCGCCAAUUCUCACUCUUCCUCUCGCUCCUCCUUCAAGAAAUCCCCAUUCUCCGAUUUCGGCAGUUACAUGGUAGAGAAGAACAGAAAACUCCAUAAUCAGUUUGAUAGUGAAGCUUCGAGUUCUUCGCAUAAUGGUUUAAAUACCGGGAAGAAUAUUUUUCGCGGGGUGUCUAUAUUUGUGGAUGGUUACACGGUGCCUUCCAGUCAGCUGUUUCAGGAACUGCGAGGCUACAUGCUGAACUAUGGUGGAAGAUAUGAGAAUUACUUUUCGAGACAUCGUGUUACGCAUAUCAUUUGCAGUAAUCUUCCUGACAGUAAAGUAAAAAAUUUGAGGUCUUUCAGUGGAGGGCUCCCAGUGGUGAAACCCUCCUGGGUUUUAGAUUCAAUUUCUGCUAACAAACUCUUGAGUUGGGUUCCUUACCAACUUGACCAGCUUGCUUGUAACCAACCGAGGCUGUCAGCCUUCUUUGCUCCGAAAAUAAUCCCAGACUCUGGCGAUGCUUUGAGAGAUGCUGCUAAUCAAGUAAAAUAUGAAAAUGAGGAUACAUCUUUGGUGGAAGCCAGAUUGGAAGAUGCUGACGAAUCUGAAGUGUGCAGGUCCACUGAACACAGAUGGCAAAUUAGUGGAGAAUCUGAUAACGUGAUGUUUGAGAAAAACAAUGAAGAAUCUGGUCAGGAGCUACAUAUUAGUAGUGUAAAAGAUUGUGAAAUGAGAAUAGUAGAAAUGACUACUUCGGCUGCGGAAGAUGAUGGCAGUGUAAAAGAUGAGCUUCAAUAUAGUACCCACCAAACAUCUGUGUCAGCUAGCAGCUGCCGCUUGCCAACCUCUUCAAAUGCUGGGUCUAAUCAAAGUCAUGCAACUCUUGGGGAUCCCAAUUUUGUGGAAAAUUAUUUCAAGAGCUCAAGGCUGCACUUCAUAGGAACAUGGAGAAAUCGGUAUCGUAAGCGCUUUCCCAGAUCUUCUAAAGGGUUUAAGAGAACAGAGCCUAAUCUUAGUGCUUCUGCUAGUCCCACUGCCAUUAUACAUAUUGACAUGGACUGUUUUUUCGUGUCAGUGGUCAUCAGGAAACGUUCUGAGUUGAAGGAUAGGCCUGUAGCUGUAUGCCAUUCUGAUAGUCCAAAGGGAACUGCUGAAAUUUCAUCUGCGAACUACCCUGCUCGAGAUUAUGGAGUGAAGGCUGGGAUGUUUGUUAGAAAUGCCAAGGCUCUUUGUCCACACCUUGUCAUUAUUCCAUAUGAUUUUGAAGCUUAUGAGGAGGUAGCUGAUCAGUUCUAUGACAUCUUGCAUAAGCACUCUAAUAAAGUACAAGCAGUAAGCUGUGAUGAAGCAUUUUUAGAUGUCACAGACGCAGAAGGGUUAGAUCCUGAGGUGUUAGCUUCAACAGUAAGAAAAGAGAUCUUUGAGGCAACAGGAUGCACUGCAAGUGCUGGCAUAUCCAGAAAUAUGCUCAUGGCCCGUCUUGCCACUAGAACGGCUAAACCAGAUGGUCAAUGCUACAUUUCUCCUGAAAAGGUGGAUGAUUAUUUACAUCAACUUCCAAUAAAAGAACUUCCCGGAAUAGGAUACACUUUAGAGGAGAAGUUGAAGAAGCAAAAUGUUCAGACAUGUGGACAGCUGCGUAUGAUUUCAAAGGACUCUCUUCAAAAGGACUUUGGAAUGAAAACUGGGGAGAUGUUGUGGAAUCAUAGUAGGGGCAUAGAUAAUCGGCUAGUUGGGGUGAUUCAGGAAAGCAAGUCUAUUGGUGCUGAAGUGAAUUGGGGUGUGAGGUUCAAGGAUUUGAAAGAUAGUCAGUACUUCCUCUCAAAUCUUUGCAAGGAGGUUUCCUUGCGCUUGCAAGGAUGUGGAGUGCUGGGGCGUACUUUUACCCUUAAGAUUAAAAAAAGAAGAAAAGAUGCAGGGGAGCCAGUGAAGUAUAUGGGCCACGGAGACUGUGAAAACUUGAGCCACUCUGUCACGGUUCCAGUUGCUACUGAUGAUGUGGAAGUGCUUCAGAGAAUAGCAAAGCAGCUCUUUGGGUCUUUCUCUAUAGAUGUUAAGGAGAUUCGGGGCAUUGGCUUGCAAGUUUCCAAGCUUGAGAAUGCAGAUACUUCAAAGCAAGGAUUUGGAAAAAAUUCUUUAAAAUCAUGGCUCAUGCCUGCCUCAAGGAGUAGAGAAGAGCAAUCUAAUUUUCAUUCUGUAGCUGGGGAGAGGGUGAAUGUAGCUUUCACAGUGGAUCAUCUUACAGAUUGUGAGGAUCGGAGAACCGAUGGAACUUCAGGCCAGUUAUGUGAUGAUUCACUUGGUGUUCAAACUCCAGUAGGCAAUCAUCAGUCUAGUGGUGAACCUACUCUGAACCAGGUUUCAGCACCACCGCCUUUAUGUCAUCUUGAUUUGGGAGUUAUUGAGUGCCUUCCUCCAGAAAUAUUUACAGAACUAAAUGGAAUCUAUGGCGGGGUGUUAGUUGAUUUUGUUGCUAAAAAUAAACGAGAAAAUACCAGUGCUACUGUGUCACAUAAACAAGCAAAUGGUGCAAGGAAUGGGGGUGGGAGACCUCUCUUUAAUGAUGUGGUCCCUGGGAAUGAAAUAGCAGUAGAAAACGAGCAAUCAGUUGUGGAAAAACAAGCAAUUCCUUCUUUUGUGGGAGAGUCCUCUCAUGUGGCAGUUUCCACAUCAGGUCCUGGAAACACUGAUAUCAUGCCUUCAUCUUUAAGUCAAGUAGAUACCUCAGUGUUGCAACAAUUGCCUGAAGAACUGAGAGUUGACAUACUUGAGCAGCUUCCUGCGCACAGGAGACAUGACGUAUCUUCAAGUGCUGCGUUGGGCCCUCUUGUAGAAAAGCCUAUCGAAUCAUUAGAUGUGAGUAAUGGGGAUCAUUCUGGACCAAGUGAUCCUGCUUUGAACCACACACUUUGGAUUGGAAACCCUCCUGGGUGGGUUGAUGAGUUCAAAUCCAGCAAGUGCAUGGUAUUAAAUGUUCUUGCUGAGAUGUAUUACAAAUCAGGGUCAAGUGGAAAUUUAUCUGCAAUUCUGCGAAAUACUAUCUUGGAAUCUCAUUAUCCUCUGGAUUCAAGUUCUGACAGUUGGAUUGAAGCUGUAUACAGCUUCUCUGACCUUCUCAGGCAAUAUAUUAAGUCAAAGAUUGACUCAGAUAUUGAAGAGAUCUAUGUUUGUUUUCGUCUUCUUAAAAGGUUUACAAUGAAUUCAAAAUUUUUCUUACAAGUAUACAACAAUGUCUUUCCUUAUCUUCAGGCAUCUGUCACUGAGAGCUAUGGCGGAAACUUGCACAUUUAGCUAGAGUUGUGCUUCUUGUCAUUUGCCUUCACUUAGUGUGCUGGCUUUUACAUCUAAAGGGCCUAAGAUACCAUUUCUGAGCAAGGUGUACCUUGAGAUCAUAACUUCAAUUUCCAGAAGUUGUGUGUUCACAUUCGGGUUCCAUCAAUGUAGGUCUAAGCUGUCUGAUCAAUUUGAUUCCUUGAGUAUGCUGCAUAUGACCUUGCUAACUUACGUGUGAUCACAACAGGAUGUACUUAUGGAUUCUUGUCUCAGGUUUUCAUCAGUGAAAAAAUGAAAGAAAAGAAAUGGCCAUAAACUGAAGAUGAUAUAUUUGAUUCUUUUGGAUGCUAAGAUAAGAGAUGAAUUCGACAAGGAUAAGAUUCUCAACUCCCAUUAGAAAAGGGAGGUGAUAAGCUUUCCUGGCUGUGCAGAGAGGUUUGUUAACUUUCUGCCAUGGUUUUGUCCUUAGUCUGCAUCCAUGUGUGAAAUAAUGUUUAUAUAUAUGUGGAUUUCGACUGAAAAUUCGGUCAGUACCAAGAGCAACCUGAGAAUCAAUGUCAAAUGAGGUUCAGGGGAGUGCCAGAGAGAUUCCAGUUAGGGAUUUGUAGCAAAUUCAUGAAAAUCCUGACCGCACCUGGAUCUAGUAGAACACAGUUGAGAUGUGCGUUUCGGACUCUAUAUCUCCAUGUUUGUUCAGGUCCGCCCAGAAGGUUUGUUUGAAAGUUGGAACUUAGGGGUAGCAUUGCUUCAACAUGAGCUUAAAAUCCUAUAUGUCAGAGUUACUUCCUUCUAGAAUCAAGACCUGUACAUUACGGGUUGUCGAAUACUAUCUGAAAGUACAUGCAUCGAGAGGUCGUACCCAUGUUUUACAUUACACUCUCCCAUUUAUUGUAAAAUUGUAUUAAAAAUGACUGAAUAAUACAAAGGAAAAACAUGCCGUACAAAGUUGCAAGUAUAUACUCUCUCUCAUGCAUUUCAAGUUGAAUAUCUUAUAAGUUUUGCUUUCACAAAUUCACAUUGUGAAGUGCAAUAAGCCCAUACUUUAUACUCGUUUUCGAAAUGAAGUUAAAAUUAUCUUUUGGUUGCCUUUGUUUUG